AUGGAUUUGAUAUUAACUUUAUCUGAGAGUGGACAACUGAGUGUUGAAACUUCAUCAGUGAUUCAUGAUAGUUCUCAAUGUUACUCCCCUAGCAAUAAAGAAUCAUGGAAGUCUUUACUCUUUCAAUCUAUUAAAGAGAUUGAAGAUUUUUAUGGUAAUUAUGCAUAUAACACUGGAUUUUCUAUUAGGACUAUGUUGAAGUCGAAGAAUAAUUCACAAAAUAAGAAAUCAGAUAAGGUACGUUAUGUGCGUUAUGUUUGUAACAAACAAGGUUUCAAGAAGGGAAGUUUGCUUAAUCCUAACAACAGGCCAACAUCAGACAGUCCACUGGUUAUUGAGUUUGUGAAAUUGAAAGAAAAACUUGAGGAAAGGGUUGGUUGUAAAGCUGGAAUAUCUUUGAAGCUGGAUGAAGUUUUGAAUGUGUAUAAGAUUUAUAGAUGGGAUGUGGCUCACUGUCAUCCAUUACAUAAACCAGAGCAUUUGUGUUACCUGAGAUCAUUUCGAGAAGUAAAUGAAGUUCAAGGACAACUAGCUCUAAUAAAUUCUAAAGUUGGAAUGUCGAUGAGAACGUCUUAUGAAGUUAUUGGUCAAGGAGUUGGAGGUACGGAGAAUCUUCCUUUUCGAUUUUCAGACUUAAAGAACUAUCUAAUGACAAUUCGUCAAAAGGAGAUGGUGGUUGGUGAAGCAACUUAUGAUAUCCAAGUUGAUGCUGCAGAAGACAUAGCUAGCAUUUUUUGGGCAGAUGGAAUUAUGCAACUGGAUUAUUCUCUAUUUGGUGAUGUCAUCAGUUUUGAUACAACUUACCGAACAAUCAAUCAAUAUCGGCCAUUAGCUGCCUUUAUUGGUUUUGACAAUCAUCGUAAGAGUGUUUUAUUUGGUGCUGCGCUAUUGUAUGAUGAGACAUCAGCUACUUUUGAUUGGUUGUUUACAACAUUCUUGAAGUGUGUUUUUCAUGGGCUUUGUUCAUGGAACAUGGCAGAGAAUGCAAAGAAAAAUCUUGGCUCCCGUGCAAACAGUGUACUUUUCGAUAAGUUAACUAAUUUGGUUUCAAAUGUAGACGAUGAAUCAGAUUUCGACUAUAAUUGGGAUCAGAUGAUGAAAAAUUGUUUUAAUGGAAGGCCUACUUCAGACUUUAGGUGGCUUGUCCAAACUUACGGAAAUCGUAUGCAUUGGUCUUCAGCUUGGGUGAAGUCACAUUUUACAGCUGGUCUGAAAACAACUCAGUUAAGUGAGUCUUUCAAUGCUUUUCUUCGUGGAUUUUUGCAGCCAGACCAUUCACUUGUUCGAUUCUUUAGUCAUUUCAACAUUAUGGUUCAGAGAAUGAGGGAUAAUCAUGCUGAGUUAGACUUCAAGGCUGCAAACACUAGAACAAAAAAUAAUUAUCUCAACAGUCAGUUGAUGCGGUCCGUUGUAAACAAGUACAAACCAGCUUGCUUUGCAUUUAUUCACAGGCAGUAUGACCUUUCCUUCAAAUACUAUUAUGAGGAGGACACAACAAAAGGGUCUGCAUUGAACAAGUUUUUCAAAGUUUUCACAAUUGAAAAGGUUGAUGAUAAUUAUGAUGAUGUUGAUAAUGAUAAUGACGGGCCUUCCAAUGUCGAUGUUUUGGAUGCAGAACUUCAAGAAAACCUUUUCCCAAGUUUUGAAGAUCAUGAUCGACUUGAUGAAAGGGUUGUCACAGUUGACAUUAGAAGCAAAAGUUUUAGUUGUUCAUGUCGUAUGUUUGAGAACAGGGGCUUCUUAUGUCGAAAUGUUUUGAAGAUCUUGGAGUUCUUAGGUGGUUAUGUGCAAUAUGUUUUAAAGCGUUGGACUAGAGAUGUGCGUCCGUCUGUUGAUAAGCUGAAAUCUAGCAUCAAUGUUGGCACUGAAGACAUCACUCAAGCACAACGAUAUCAACAAAUUUGUGUUGUUACCGUUCAGCAUUCUACACGUUUUUGUGCAGAUCCGGAGGCAUCUGAAAUUUUUCUCAACGGUGUUCUUGAAGCUAGGAAAAAGGCAGAGGAGUUGCUUCUUUCUAAAGGUAUUCGUCCAGACCCAUCUUCCGUGACGCCAUCCAAGUCUUCAAAAGUAGCUGCUGUCGAUGAACCAUCUGCUGGGGUGAAGUCCACUGCACCAAAGUUCAAAGAAAGACCAAAUCCAAUUAAGUCAAAGAAGCAACUUAAAAGUGAUUAUGAAAAAGCUAGAGAAAGGCAGAAAUUCCUUAUAAAUCGGAAGAAACAAAAGAAAGAUAAUGAAGCUUUAAAAAAAAACGGUCACUGA